UGGACAGAGGUCGUAAAAUGUAUACAUCAGAAGGCUCUGACAGCUCACACUAUGUAGUUCCUAUACCAGAGAAGUCAACUACGAGAUACAAGCAAACAUACUAGUAGAUGAGACGGCCGGCACAGAUUGUAGCUCAGAACCCAUAAGCCAGUAAACCUAAGCAGCUAUCAUAGUCAACUCCUUGGAAUCGAGCGUGUUCACAAUGUCAAGCCUCCAUAUGCGAAGAAAAUGUAUCGGCCGCUUGAAGUGUCUGGACCUCGCCACCAUAUCUCCACGCUCGCGAAAACUACUCCACUCCAUCGCGCUCUCAUCCGUCGCGCUGCCGCCGCUCAGCCGUUCAUCUGAUGGCCACGCAAAUCUAGUUCUUCGCUACGCACGACCGACCCGCCGUGCAUCCCACGCACCAUUCCGCAAACCACCCAACGCGCCGCGAUCGCAUCUGCAAAUCUCCACCGCCAACACAUCCCCCAGAAAUCCGCUUCGCAGGGAGAAAUUAAUAGCAGACGCAUGUUCCAAUCUAGGACACGGAGCACGGGGGCGGCUCAACCGCGCCACGAGCCUCGAUCUCACGGGCCAUGCAGGUACCCCGGCCUGUGACAUGGCGAGCAUGCAGAGCCCCUCUUUUCGCGGGCUGGGGUCCAAUUUCUGCCUUCCAUCGACCCGUUAAGCGGUUCGCGGUCGCAGGCGCGGCCUGCCUGUCGCGGAAAACGCUCCGGGCGGACGUGCCGUGCUGCGUGCCAU